UUCAUCUGACCAAUCACAUCAAGAGAAGUCCAGCAGGACGGAGUCCGCAGAGAGGACUCUCCCCACUAGCAUUCACUGUUUGUAGCUGCGUUAGCUCUGUCAUUUAGUUAGUUAACCAGCCAUCAAACAGCCUGCUGGACGCACAAAAGCACUGGGGGUCUGUUUUUUUUUUUACUCCGAUACUGUCGAGCAGAACAGCAGGUAAACGCAGUAACAUUUCGUGCGGAUGAUAUCGGUGGAGAUGUGUAAUAAGCUGCAUUGGACACUCAGGACCUACCUGGCUGGCAGCCUAUCAGCUGACAGCUGUCACCGCACCUAGCUGUGCUUAGCUAGCUGGCUAGGUGAGCUAUCGGCUAACAAGUGUUUUUUCGGGCUGGCUAAUUUAGCCGGCCAGUGCUGCUCGUUUCAGCUCAGAAAGGAAAGUGGUGACUUCCGAGUGGAAGUUAAUAUCUUAUUAUUUUCUCAACAGUAUUUGACUCCGCCUGCUGUCCAAACCAUGAGUUAGCAGAGCAGCGUCGGACCGCAGUGUUGGGAAUAUUUUGAGGUCCGGCUAGUUGGCUAGCAUUUAGCUUGACGCUAGCUGCAUUCAUUCAAUUAUUGAAAAACUGCCGUUAACACCAGAACCUCAGCGGACAAAGGCGGUUUAUAGCCAAUCAUCUUUGUUGUUACAAUACAUUUUGGGCUGGACGCUGGUUUGGAUAACAUUGGGGGGUAAAGAUGAAGAAAUUUUUUGAUUCUCGCCGGGAGUUGGUGAGCUCCGGGCCUGGCUCCGGAGUCGGUGGAGGAGGCGCUGGUUCCGGCGGCGGUGGCAGCUUCAUCGGACGGGUCUUCACCAUCGGCCGCUACCAAGUAACCGUCGAGGAAAUUGUCGCCGAAGGAGGUUUUGCCAUAGUUUUUUUGGUGCGGACUCAUCAAGGCGUACGUUGUGCUUUAAAAAGGAUGUACGUCAACAAUGAACACGAUCUGCAAGUUUGCAAACUUGAGAUACAGAUUAUGAGGGACUUAGUGGGCAACAAAAACAUAGUUGGUUUCCUGGACUCCAGCAUAACUGCAGUUGGAGCUGGUGAUGUGUGGGAAGUCCUAAUCUUAAUGGACUUCUGUCGAGGUGGGCAGGUGGUUAAUCUCAUGAACCAGCGGUUACAGACCGGCUUCACUGAAGCCGAGGUGUUGCAGAUCUUUUGUGACACGUGCGAGGCAAUUGCCCGUCUCCACCAGUGCAAGACUCCAAUAAUUCAUCGAGAUCUCAAGGUGGAAAAUAUUCUUCUACACGACCGGGGACAUUAUGUCCUCUGUGAUUUUGGAAGUGCCACCAACCACUUCCAAAACCCUCAGACAGAGGGGGUGCCAGUUGUGGAGGAGGAAAUCAAAAAGUACACUACUCUGUCGUACCGGGCUCCAGAGAUGGUCAACCUCUAUGGUGGAAUGACUAUCACAACAAAAGCAGACAUUUGGGCCAUGGGCUGUUUACUCUAUAAACUGUGCUACUUUACACUUCCUUUUGGGGAGAGCCAAGUAGCGAUCUGUGAUGGAAGUUUCACUAUCCCAGACAACUCCCGCUACUCCCAGGACAUGCACUGUCUAAUCAGAUACAUGCUGGAACCUGACCCAGAUAAGAGACCAGACGUCUACCAAAUAUCCUACUUUGCCUUUAAACUGGCACGACGAGAGUGUCCAGUCCCAAAUGUAAAUAACUCACCUAUUCCUGCAAAACUUCCCGAGCCUAUAAGAGCCAGUGAAGCAGUGGCCAAAAAGAGUCAAACCAAAGCCAGGCUCACGGACCCCGUUCCUACCAUGGAAACCUCAAUUGCACCUCGCCAACGACCCAAGGCCGGCCAGGCUCAGCCCCAGCCGAUAUCAGGCAUUCUUCCCAUCCAGCCCGCUCUCACACCUCGCAAGAGACCCAAUGUGGCUGCUGGAGCGCCCCAGGCCAUAGGUGUUGGAAUAAAUGUCCCACCACCGGCUUCGGCCGCUGUCCAAGUUGCUCAACAGGCUCCUGCUGCACAGGCCGCGCCGCAGGCAGCACAGACAGCCAACAUGCAGCCACAGGCUACACCGCAACAUCAGCAUCUCCUCAUGAAGCAGCAGCAAGCCUCAGCCUUCUUAAGCCCACAGAGUAACCAGCAGACGGCUGGCCGAGUGAGUCACAAAGUCGGCUCAUUGACACCCCCCUCGUCGCCAAAGAUGGCCCAGAAGAGUGGCCACAGACGCAUAUUGAGCGAUGUCACGCAUAGUGCCGUGUUUGGGGUCCCAGUCAGCAAGUCCACACAGCUACUCCAAGCAGCGGCAGCUGAGGCCAGCCUCAACAAGUCCAAAUCUGCCAGCACUACUCCUUCUGGCUCUCCCUGCUCGUCCCAGCAGAGUGUGUAUCAUCCAGGUGAUGGUGACGCCCAGUCAGCCCUUACUGCACCCAACUCUCAGCCCAGCUGGAACCCCUUCGGGGACGAUAACUUCUCCAAGCUAACAGCAGAAGAGCUGCUUAACAAAGACUUUGCAAAGUUGGCUGAGACUGCUGCACCAGGAGAAAAGGUCACAGGCUCCAGUGAAAAUCUCAUCCCAGGGCUGAAUGCUUUUCCAGCUGAAAGAGCUGCAGGCAUCAUGAGUGCAGGUUCAGCCUUGUUGACCGUCCCGGACCCUUUUAAUUCCCUCUCCCUCUCUGACACCACAGAGAAGCUGAUUGAGGGACUGAAGUCCCCUGAAACUUCUCUGCUGCUCCCCGACCUCUUAACCCUGGCCAACCCCUUCAAUAGUCCUGCAGAGAGCUCCAUCAAUGUGAAGGCAGAGGUGUGUGUGGAUUCUCUGAUUCCUGGUUUGGAACCCCCCCAGGCCCAGCGACACUCGGGCCAGCCAGAGCUGAUCCCUGCCAGCAUACCAGACUCUCUCACUGGGGAGGACUCUCUGCUGGGUUGCGAUCUGUUAUCUCAUACUUCUCCUCAUGGAAACCAGUCUGUUUCUGCUCUCGCUUCCUCCUGCUCCUCUGCUCCUCCUGGCUCAGGCUCUGGAUCCUGUCUGGAGGAGCUGCCGCCUGGUCAGACGGCUUCUGACUCUGCUUUCCUCAUGUCGUGUGGGGAGAAGGGCAAUGACGACGAGUUUGACCCUAUUCCUGUGCUCAUCUCCAAAAACUCAAAUCAAGAUAUUCAAGGGGAGAGUAAUGGCUACUCUGUACUUGGUGAGGGACAGGAGACGGAGCCUCCAGAAGGAGAUUCUCAAGCAAACGAGGGAUGUGUGCACUCCAGCGAUGAAGAUGAGGUGGAGGAGGAGGAGGAGGAAGAGGAGGAACAAGCCCACAAAGAAGAGAGGCAGGAUGAGGGAGCCAUCCAGAUUAAUGCAGUCCACGACAGCAGCGGCUCCAGACCUCUGCUGAUGGACUCUGAGGAUGAAGAAGAACAAGGACCUCAGUUAGCCCUCCACUCAUCACCGCACUCCAGCGCAGCACCGACACAACCAUCUACUACCUUCCAACAACCUCCGAGCACCUUUGCUCAGAAUCAUUCCCAGCAUGUACACGAGCCAGCUGAAGGGGUAGCAGACGUCGCCAUAGAUGUUUUCUCAAAAGCCCCUUUUCGGAUUGCACAAGAAGAAGCAGCCGACGUGUUUGCCAACGCUCCGUUUCCACGCGCCACUCUUACAGCUCAGCAGCAGCUCGAUGUAUUCUCUCAGGCACCGUUCGGAAAAAGAAAGGAUGCUACAGGAGCUGCAUAUCCUCAUGCAGCUGGACUUGCCCCCGAUCAAGGUGUGCUCGGACAAGUCGCCCAACAACCGUUCCGCCCACAAGCUCUGGCCAAAUAUUCCCGACACUUUGAGGGACCUGUGCCGCAGCAGGCAGUAGCAGCUCAUCGAGUAGUGUCUAACGUGAGCAGGCAAGCCGUGGUGGCAUCAGUCCCUGUUGGACCUCUUCACUCAUGGACCUCAGAAGUGAGCGCUGUAGACCCUUUCGUCUCUGCACCCUUUCACCUCAAGGCCCCACAAGAAAAGCCCUGAACGCACAUUAAGAGGUCAGGGCAGUGGGUGUCGGCGCUCAUCGCUGAAUUAUGCAAACUAUAACAGGCAUACUGCAUGCUGUCACCAGCGCUGCAGCUGGACUGCAGACCUGCAUGGAUCUCAUCCUUAACUGGCUCUAAUUAGUGAUAGUGCAAGGUCAUCUUCACACUUUAAUGCUCCGUUAAAGUUAUAAAACUCAUUAUUCCCUGACUCCUAGUCACUUUUUAUUUUAUCUGUCGCAUCCUUUUACCUUCAGAAUUGUCCUUAAAGGGACAGUUCACCACAGAUUAAAAAACAACAUCUUUUUCUUCUACCUGUCAUGCUGUUUAUCAAUCUAGAUCGUUUUGUUUUGAGUUGAGCGUUGGAGAUAUCAGUCGUAGAGCUGUCUGUGUUCUAUUUAAUAUAAUGGGACUAUAUGGCACAUUGUUUGAAAUGCUCAAUGUGUCAUUAUGAGCUGUAGUUUGUGUUUUGUGCUGGCAGAUGUUUACAUGGCUAACAUUGGCUAUGUUUGACCCAUUGCUGUACAAUUACGUCACACAAAGUUCCUCUUGAUCUAAGAGUUCCUACUUUGAAAUCAGAGCUUAAAAGAAAGUACCUCAAAUCGCCGUUCUAGAAACUACAAUAGUUCCUACUAGGUCUUUCAUUGUGGAGUCAGUCAUUUUAGACUGAUACAUAGCACUACAGGUAAGAGAAAAAAACAUUUUAUUUUUAUUUUUAUUUUUUUUUGGGGGGGGGGGGGCUGUCCCUUUGAUCCUUAUGGUACGUACAUCUACACAAAGACAAUAUGGUGGUCAAGCAUUUGAUUGUUUUCUUGCCUACCUCAGUUCCUUUUUGGUGUCGGCGCUAAAACACCACACAAUGAGGGAGUUGGUAAAUUGUCUGCAGCUUUUGGCAGUUUCAUCUCCUGUACAUUUGAGCUUUACUGUGAAACUAUGAUCUGCUCAAUCCUCCAUCGUAUCAGUUCUAAGAAACAUUUGAUUCAGCUUGGAUCACAAGAUCAUAACUUCACAGAAGCUUGGAGGAGGAACACACACUGUAAAGAUAUUUGAGAGGAAUUUAUCUGUAAUUAUAUCAAACAAGAAAUUUGUAAACAAAAUUACAUUUAUGCCCUCAAAGGCAAUGGUUUGGGGCCCUUUGGACUUUCUGCUUGACAGUUUAUGAGGCAAAUGCUGGAUCAUGAUACAUGAGCAUUUAAUUUUUGUUGACAUGAAAUGUAACUUUUGUUUCACUCCAAAAUGUUUGUGGUCACUGUCCUGUCUGAUGAAAAUGGAAUAUCGGUGUUUAUUCCACGUACUGUGUUAAAAUGUUAGGCAUAGAAAAUACAUUAGAGUAGUCCCUGUGUAAGAUAAAUGUAGCUGUUUUUGUUUCUAGUUACUUUACAAGAUGUUAUCUCUGAAGCCUUACACUCUUACGUCCUUCCAGCCACAUCAAACGGCAUAAAUCACUUUUGCCUUUUGUGCCCUCCUUAGAGAACUGCUGCAUUUAAAUCAUUUUAUUGCACUCGCAUUCAGCACCAAAUACUUGUGUACAAUCAUGUACAACUUCCUUUUGUUGUCUGCAGUAUGAUAAUGCACCAAGAUUUCAUUCAACUCUGUAAUGCAUCUCUAUCGUAGGUCUCUAUAAACUCCAAAUGUGUACUAACUGUGACUCACUUACGAGCAACUGAAGUGAAAACCUAAACUGCAAAAAAAAAAAAAAGCUUUCCUGCAGUCACACAAAUAUCUACGGCACUUAUGCUUCGCAGUUCCAGUCAGGGAUUGUUAUAGUAGUCUCUUGUAAGUGAGGUCUUGAAUGGUGACUGAUUGAUGACAUUCCUUUUGAAUUUAUUUCCAUUGCCAUUUGGGAAUAUUUUAUUGUGUUUGUGUGCUCUGUAAAAUCAUGGAACACUUUUUUUGGUUCCCACCACAGCACUUUUAAGAAAGGGGGAUCCAACCUGUUUCAGUCCAAAGUUUAUUCAUGUAUUCCUCUGUUGCAAUGUAAAAUCUUCUGUUUCUUUUCUUCUUUUUUUUUUUGAAGUGUACAAUCUUUUUUAUAAAUGCUCACUUUUCUCACCCAACUUGUAUACAUGAAGGUUGCACAUAGUCACUGACACAGAGUCAGGGUUCCCUAAGAAUGUGUUUUGAUUGUAACACAGCUGUAAAAUGUUUUUCAACCAGUGUUGUAUAGGAAACCUUUGGAGGAUUCAACAACUGACGAUACUGUUGGACAAAAUAGCACUCGAAAUACUUGUAAUGCUGCACAGCCUGCCUUUGAAAACUAUGUUGUAAGUCAUAAAAAACUAUUAAAUGAAUGUAAAUCAAA